AGGAUGCCGUGAAGUGGAGUUUCAGAGUGCAGAAGGAUUUAAAUGUGCAGAAGGAUGAAGACCUGGAAAGAGAUUCAGGAAGCAUCUUAUGUGUUGUGUCUUUAGUUUACAAAUACUUUCUCCUGAACCUCUGUGUUUGAACUGAACAAAAGAAGACGGAUAAAAUGGCUGUCAAAGUGUUUACAGUGUUCACAGUGUUCAGGACUCUGCUGCUCCCCCUGCUGGUCGUAAGUACACCUGGUUCUCAGUCUCUGGGUCCGACAGACUGCUCUGAUGUCUAUGAUAACGGACAAACGCUCAGUGGCGUGUACACAAUCUACCCCACAGCAGACACACCUGUACAGGUGUACUGUGACAUGGGAUGUUUUGGAAGUCAAACAGAGGACAAGAAGUGGACGGUAUGUUUAGAUGUGUUUCAGAGGAGAAUGGAUGGCUCUGUGAAUUUCUACAGACCAUGGGAACACUACAAGAAAGGGUUUGGGAACAAGAAUGGAGAAUACUGGCUGGGAUUGGAGAAUCUCUACCAACUCACACAGAAGCAGAAAUAUGAGCUGAAAGUGGACCUGCAGGACUUUGAGGGGGUCUCAGUUUACGCUCGAUACACUGCUUUCUCUGUGGAAUCUGAAGCUAACGGAUACAAACUCAGUGUUAGUGGCUUCAUCGAUGGAGGUGCAGGUGAUGCCAUGACUCCAGGCCAUGGACAGAAUUUCUCCACCUUUGACAAAGACCAGGACUCUCAUCCAGAUUCCUGUGCUAAAAGGUUCCUGGGGGGGUUUUGGUACAGUGACUGUCACAGUGCUAACCCUAACGGGAUUUACCUGUGGGGACAUGAUGCCACUCAUUACGCCAUCGGAAAUGUGUGGCAACCAUGGAAAGGCUACGAUUAUGGUCUCAAAUACAUCACAAUGAAGAUCAGACCUGCAUCUGUAGCACAGUGAGGAGUUUCUGUUUAUAACAUUGUUGUUGUUGUGGAUGGUGGAGGUGGUCUUGGUGGUGAUCUUGUACAACAAACAGUGUUUACUGAAGCUUGCUGAUAUACAGAUCCUUGUGAAAGAAAACUGUAUUUAAGUGUAUUUUUU